UUUUAAUAUGACCCAAAUCACUCCUGCUUUCGUCGCCCUCUUUUUCCCGGUUUUUUUUGUCUUACAAUCACUUUUUUCGUAAACCGAUCUCUCUUUUUCUCUCAAGAUCAAUCAGAUCACUCGUUAGCUUUUGGAAUUCAGAUCUCUUAUAUCUCUCAGUCGAUCGAAAUCUCACUCCCUCAAUCAGAAGGGCUUGCCUUUGAUUUUCUUUGCUCUUCACUAAUUAUGAUUUUCAGUUGAUUUCAAUUGAGUUUUCCAGUAGAAUUGUGUUGUUUUAGUCAGAUUUGUUGUUCGACACAUGUUCUCUUGUAGUCAUUUUCUUCUCAGGUCAGUUUGUUUCUUGAAAUUUCAGAAAUUUUAGCUCGAAUUUUCAUUGCUCUGCUCUCUGUUCCAAGCAAUUUUAGGCUUUUGAUUUUAUUUUUUCUACAAUUUAUCAGUUCAGGUCAGUUCGUUUUUUGAAUUUGAGCAAUUUUAGUUCGAAUUUUCGUCUAAAUAUCUUCUAGACAGCGUCUUGGUGUUCAGAUUCAUCACUCGGAAGCUGAAAACCGAUUUUCAAUUGCCCUGUUCUCUCUUCCAAGCAAUUUAGACUUUGAUUUCCUUUAAUAUAUAUAUAUAUAUAUAUAUACACACACACACAAGUAUAUAUAUAAAUAGAGAGAUAUGACGUCGGGGACGAGGAUGCCGACAUGGAAGGAGAGAGAGAACAACAAGAGGAGAGAGAGGAGGCGACGAGCGAUCGCGGCGAAGAUCUUCGCGGGGCUCCGGAUGUACGGAAACUACAAGUUGCCGAAGCACUGUGACAACAAUGAAGUCCUCAAAGCUCUCUGCAACGAAGCCGGUUGGUCCGUUGAACCGGACGGCACCACCUACCGUAAGGGAUGCAAGCCUGUGGAGCGCAUGGACAUCGGUGGAUCCGCGUCAGCAAGUCCAUGCUCAUCCUACCACCCAAGCCCUGCCUCUUCUUCCUUUCCGAGCCCCGCCUCAUCCUCUUAUGCUGCUAACGCCAAUGCAAAUGGCAGCUCCCUCAUCCCAUGGCUCAGAAACCUCUCAUCUUCAUCCUCAACAGCUUCUUCCUCCAAGCUUCCCCAUCUCUAUAUCCAUGGUGGCUCCAUAAGUGCUCCAGUCACCCCUCCAUUGAGCUCCCCAACUUGCCGUACCCCUCGACUUAAAAAUGACUGGGAUGACUCCCGCCCAGGAUGGGGUGGGCCUCACAACCCUUUUCUUCCAUCUUCCACUCCACCAAGCCCUGGCCGUCAGAUUCUUCCUGAUUCAAAGUGGUUUGCAGGUCUCCGAAUCCCCCAAGGUGGGCCAACUUCUCCAACAUUCAGCUUUGUCUCCUCAAAUCCCUUUGGCUUUAGGGAAGAUGCUCUAGCCAGUGGUGGUUCUCCCAUGUGGACUCCAGGCCAAAGUGGGACUUGCUCUCCUGCUAUUGCAGCAGGCUUUGAUCAUACUGCUGAUGUGCCAAUGUCUGAAAUGAUUUCAGACGAGUUUGCAUUUGGAAGCAACACAACAAGGCUUGUGAAGCCGUGGGAAGGAGAGAGGAUUCAUGAGGAGUGUGGUUCAGAUGAUCUUGAGCUUACUCUUGGGAGCUCAAGGACCAGGUGUGUUGGUAUGGAGAUGUGAUUCCAGCCUUAUAAAAGUUCUGUUUUACUCAUCACUUGAUCUGCAUUAUACUGCAGAGAUAAAUGAAUGCAUAAAAGAGAAGAUCAAUGCUCUCUCCAUGUGAACUUUGAGUUCAUUAUAUAAUCUUUAACUGUUCCGGGGAAAGGAUUAAAAGUUAAUCAAGGUAAGUCUGUGAAGGUGUUCUUUCUUUCUUUCUUUUAAAUUAUAUUAGCUAGUCAAUGUGUGGGGUGGUUUCACAACCCAUAUUCGAUCCUUUCUACUUUUAGUUUAGAUUUUCGUGGAAGUCCAAAAUAGAGAAAAGGAGUGGCUGCCUCUCUUGGUUCUGGUUUUGCCAUUUGAAAGCAGUGUUAAAUGGCUGAAAAGUGACUUGAACUGUAUCUCAAUUGUAAAGCCUCUGGAAAUUAGAUAAAUUGGACUUUUUGGUCUUCUGCA